AACCAUCCCUCUAAACUGUUUCUGUCCCACUGAACUCUUUACUGGAACACGACAGAGAUGAUUUCCAGGGGUUUUUCACCCGUUUAGCUGGAAUAUGAAAGAAAGGGAGAAUCGUUGCGUUAGCGUGGAUCGUCCAGCUGAUUUUGUGUGUGUGUAUUUGUGUGUGAGCAGUGCUGUCAGUGUAACGGCGGUCCACAUCAUGUCUGCGUCUCUGAUCGCUGUCUGUCUUCUGGGAUGUUUCCUUCAGGUGUUCAGUCAAGGGUUUCGUGUGGCUCCUGGGACGCACGCCGUGUUCCUGCGAUCCAAACGGGCCAACCAGUUCCUCCUGGAGGAGAUCCUGCAGGGGAACCUGGAGAGGGAGUGCUACGAGGAGCUGUGUAACUACGAGGAGGCGCGGGAAGUGUUUGAAGAUGAUGAGCGCACGAAAUCCUUCUGGACCAUCUACUAUGAUGGAGACCAGUGUCUUCCCAACCCUUGCCUCAACGGGGGGAACUGCACGGACAAGGUGGGGGGGUUCUUCUGCGCCUGCAGCCCCCCCAACUAUGGACACAUCUGUGAAGUGGGUCCAGUUGAAGCUUCGGUCCAGGAGGUCUGGAGUCUCAGUACAAAGCUCCAGGUAAGGCCAAACCCAAAGUGUCCGACCCGAGGCCCCAACGCAUGCCACCAGCUGUGCACGGCGGACUUCCACUCCUACAAAUGCUCAUGCAUGUCGGGAUUCGAACUACAGAGUGACAUGCGGAGCUGCCGACCUCAAGUCCAGUUUCCCUGUGGGAGGAUCCAUGACACCAACACUUCAAUCUGUCACCAUGGAAACUGCCCUGGCAGGGUUUGAUUCGUGUUGCAGGUGUCCCUGACCAACAGCAGCCGGGUGGAGCUGUGUGGAGGAGUCGUUCUCGGACGGCGGUCCAUCCUGACCGCCGCCAGCUGCCUCUUCCUCAACUCAGGAGACGACCCCGACCCUCACAAUUCUCCAUCGAACGGGAAGGUCUUCCAUGUCCAAGCGCUCUUCGUCCACGAACGUUUCCGUUCAGAUCGCCACGACUUUGACCUCGCCCUGCUGGAACUGACCACGCCCAUGACCUUUGGCCCCGUCCUCUCCCACCUCUGCCUGCCCACCAAGGACUUCAGUGAAAACAUCCUGAUGCAUUCUGGGAGGACGGGACUGGUCGACAGGAGGGGGCGUGGCCAGAACCAGGAGCUGGUCUACAUGACGCUGGACGAAUGUCGAGGAGAGCUGAACGUCUCACAGUCGCUCAACAACAAAAUGUUCUGCAUGAGGAGGAGGAACCACGGCGGGCCGAGGAGAACGGGACCAUCGGCGCGGCUCAACACCGGACCUCCAGAAAAGCUAAACGGGACUCAGAAAGCACCAGCUUUGGACCGGAACCGGACUCAAACUGAAAACUUUCCCACCAAACGUGGCUUAAAGGAGCAACAGCAUGUGUCGCCACCAGGUGGCAGCAGGCGGCAGUGCGGCGGUCUGCUGCCGGGGUCGGCGGUCGUCACGGUGGAGAAAGGAACAGCCUUCCUGACGGGGCUGCUGAUGUCUCCGACCGCAGACUGCCGCGGUCAGGUGUUCACCAAGGUGUCCCGCUACCUGAACUGGAUCCGGCCGAGGCUGCAGGCGGCGGAGGAUCACAUGACCCCGCAGGUCAGCGAGUACCCGGAGGCCCGCUGAGCACGCAACGGUUCCGAUUCACUUCUACGUUAAAUUAUUGGACGCUUCAGCGGUUUAGAUGAAAAUAACCUUAUUAAUAUUGGAAAUCUGUGGAAUCUGAUUUAACACAGAACAGCAUAGAUUAUAAUGGAUGAUAAAUAAAUGCUUUUAAAAAUUG